AAAACCCCUCUCCUCACCCUCCAUUUCUCUCAAUUAUAAACUCAGAUUGUUUUGUGGACACCAAAAUUUAUGUAUGACACUGUCAUUUUAAGCUUCUUCUCUCUGAUUCUGGCGAGCCAAAAGGAAACAAAGGAAAAAGAAUAAUAAUAAAAACUGUGUUUUUGCCUUGAUCUAUUGAAGGCUACUUGGUAUGGGAGUUGUGACUGUUUCAAGCUCUGCAGCACGAACUCCCUUUCGGCUGAGUGCAAAAUUUUCUAAUCACGGUUCUACAUUGAAAAGACCAUCGAUUGUUGCUUUUAAAGCAGAUAAGCACACAAACACGACACUGGUCUCACCUCACGAGCAAGUAACACUUCCUGUGGAGAGUAAUAACAGAAGCAAGAAAAGAUCAGGAAAUACUAGCAAACCGUUGAAGAGAGUUAAAGCUGUCCUUAUAGAUGAAGCUACUUCAUGUUCUCUGGAUUUGGAUUACAAUGAGGCUGCUGCUAAACUUGAAAACAUUUUCAAGCUUAGCCCUAUGACAGAGGAUUCUGAUAUGGAAAGUAAAGAUGGCAGAUCAAAAAGAGGACAGCAAAGGAGCAAAAAAUCAGACAAGAGACCAAGUGAUGGCAUUGUCAGGAACAAAACUAAGAGGAUUAAGCGACUAGAUCUCGAUAAAAGGAUUGCAUUGAAAAAUAAAAAGGAAGGCAGAGCGGUUGCUUUAUUAAAAAAACAAAAAGAUACCAAAAAUGAAGCUGAUGAGAUUGAUGGUCUGCGAUUAGAUCUUGAAAAGAGGAUAGCAUUGAAAAGUAACAAGGAAGGAAAAGCGGCUCCUUCAUUAAGGAAACAAAAAGAAACCAAAAAUGAAGAUGAUGAGAUUGAUAGGCUCGUAAGAGACUACUCUGCUUCAACUGAUUUGGUUAGCUUAGACUGGAAGAAAAUGAAGAUUCCUCCUGUUCUUCCUUCAUCAGAGCAUACCCGCUUGUUCAAAUUGGUUCAACCAAUGAAGGCACUUAUUGAAGUACAAGAGGAGCUGCAGAAAGAGUUGGGAAGAGAACCAACUGAAGCAGAAUUGGCAAAUGCGACGAAUAUGAAUGUAAUUCAAGUAAGGAGACAACUGGAGGUUGGUCGUGCUGCCAGAAAUAAGCUCAUUAAGCACAAUCUACGCCUUGUAUUAUUUGUAAUCAACAAAUACUUUGAAGAUUUUGCAACUGGGCCAAAAUUUCAAGACCUUUGUCAAGCAGGAGUCAAGGGACUCAUUACAGCAAUUGAUCGAUUUGAGCCAAAGAGGAAAUUUCGGCUAUCGACUUAUGCUUUAUUUUGGAUAAGGCAUGCUAUUAUUCGGUCAAUGACUCUGUCAAGCUUCACACGUGUCUCAUUUGGACUUGAUUCGGUAAGAGUUGAAAUUCAAAGAGCUAAACUUGAGUUAUUAUGUGAGCUUCAUAGAUUACCAACCGAGGAAGAAAUAAUUGCAAAAGUUGGCAUCUCACCCGAGAGGUACCUAGAAGUAAUGAGAGCUACAAAACCAGUUUACUCUCUCCAUUCAAGGCACUCAACUACAUCGGAAGAGUUGAUCAAUGGGAUCACUGAUGUAGAAGGCACGGGAGGCGACAACCGAAGGCAACCAGCUCUUCUGAGGCUUGCUUUAGACGAUGUGCUUGAUUCUCUUAAGCCGAAGGAGAGCUUGGUGAUCAGACAGAGAUAUGGCCUUGAUGGCAAAGGAAACCGAACAUUAGGUGAGAUAGCCGGAAAUCUAAAUAUUUCAAGGGAAAUGGUUCGAAAGCAUGAAGUGAAAGCUCUCAUGAAGCUGAAGCAUCCUGCAAGAGUCGAUUACCUUCGUCGGUAUUUAAUCUGAACUGAUGAGAACAUCAUGCUUUGUUUCAAUGAUCUUGUACUUUGGAUAAUUUCUUAUGGGCAAAACAUCACAAGGGGCAAGAGAUUUGUAUCCAUAUAUUUGUAACUACUUGAAUAUAGAAACCUCACACCAUAUGAUUCA